AUGACCGUCACAUACACAGCGCGUGUUGCCAACACGCGCUUCGGCGGCUUCUCGCAGCUCCUGCUGCUAUGGCGGGGGAGCAUCUACAAGUUGCUGUGGCGGGAGUUGCUCUUCUUCCUCGGACUCUACAUGACGCUGAGCAUCGCCUACCGCUUCGUGUUGAGUGAAGACCAGAAGCGUUACUUUGAGAAACUCGUCAUUUACUGUGACCAGUACGCCAGCCUCAUCCCUGUCUCCUUCGUUCUCGGCUUCUACGUGACGCUGGUGGUGCACCGCUGGUGGGACCAGUACCUAUGCAUGCCGCUGCCCGAUGCGCUUAUGUGUGCCGUGGUGGGCACGGUGCACGGGCGCGACGAGCGCGGUCGCCUCUAUCGGCGCACGCUCAUGCGCUACGCUGGACUCUCCGCUGUGCUUAUUCUGCGUUCGGUCAGCACUGCGGUCUUCAAACGUUUCCCCACCGUGGACCACGUGGUGGAGGCUGGGUUUAUGACCCGCGAAGAGCGCAAGAAGUUCGAGAACCUCAACUCGCCCUAUAACAAAUUCUGGGUGCCCUGCGUCUGGUUCUGCAACCUAGCCGCGCAAGCCAGGCGUGAGGGCCGCAUCCGCGACAACAGCGCCCUCAAGCUGCUACUCGAGGAGUUGAAUGUGUUCCGGGGCAAGUGUGGGAUGCUCUUUCACUACGACUGGAUUAGUGUACCCCUUGUCUACACCCAGGUGGUCACCAUCGCAGUGUACAGCUACUUCCUGGCCUGCCUCAUCGGUCGCCAAUUCCUGGACCCAGCGCAGGGUUAUAAAGGCCACGACCUGGAUCUAUUCGUGCCCAUCUUCACACUGCUACAGUUCUUCUUCUAUGCCGGCUGGCUCAAGGUCGCAGAGCAGCUCGUCAACCCCUUCGGAGAAGAUGACGACGACUUUGAGACCAACUUUCUAAUCGACCGCAACUUCCAGGUGUCGAUGCUGGCCGUGGACGAGAUGUACGACGACCUGGCCAUGCUGGAGAAGGACCUUUAUUGGGACGCAACCGAGGCUCGCGCCCCCUACACAGCGGCCACUGCCUUCCUGCUGCAGCAGCCGUCUUUCCUGGGUUCCACCUUCGAUAUCACCCUGGCCAAGGAGGACAUGCAAUUCCAACGGCUAGACGGCGUGGACGGACCGCCGGGCGAGACGCACAGUGACUUCCUGCAGCGCCUCCUGCCGGUUACUGCGGGCCCUGCCGGAGCCCUACUGGGCCGGCGCUUGUCGCUCUUGCGCCGCAAAAACAGCUGCGUGUCAGAGGCGUCCACUGCAGCCAGCAGCGCGUGCGCUGCGGCCCCGGAGUGCGGCUGCGAGGACCAGCUACUAGACCCUGGCCUGCGGGAACCUGAGGCCGAGUCCCUCGCUGCUCCCGAGCCGCCCGCGCCCGCAGUCGGACCCGCAGCCGAACCUUUCACCAUGGUUCCCAUGCCCGGACCACGAGGUCCCGCGCCGCCCUGGCUUCCUAGCCCCAUUGGCGAAGAAGAGGAAAAUCUGGCCUGA